UUUAAGAUGUAUCUGGGUGUCACUCCUACUGUGACUUGCAACAAUGCAAUGGGAAAUGAGUUUUCUCUCAUUCUGGCCAAAAAUCCCUUAGUGGACUUUGUGGAGGAGCUACCCGCAAGUCGGUCAUCUCUUUGCUAUUGCAGCCUGUUGUCUGGGACCAUCCGAGGUGCUCUGGAAAUGAUACACCUAGCAGCUGAAGUGAUUUUCCUUCAAGACACUCUGAAAGGAGAUGAUGUGACAGAAAUCCGAAUCACAUUCUUGAAGAAGGCUGAAACCAAAAAAUACAAGAGAAAUAAAUGAAACUGUUGUCUGAAAUAAUUAUAGGGUCAUCCAAGCCUUUGUAGCUGCCUACAAAGGGUAACCUUCCAAUACACCCAGAACAUGACUAAAAAUAAACAGUUUUUCUAGUCCAGGCCAUGCAUGCCCACAAGCUUGUUGGAGGAACAAGAAAUUAGCAUACAAUCCCCGCAAGGAAAUGUGUAAUGCUCCAAAAUGUAUUUAUUGCCAGGAACUGGAUGGUGAAUAUCCAUAAAAUCUCUGCUCCCUGAAAAAUAUCCUUGCAUGCUGCUUCAUAUUGGAGCUGUGCUACAUCUGUUUCAGUGAGGUAAAUUUCAGUGCUGUGAAGAACAAGGUUUUCUUAGGACUCUUAAGAGUGAUAAUUCUCCUGAGGAAUUGCCUGAGGGAACUUUCUCAGGCCAGAUAAUUCCAUGAAAUGUAGUAAUGCAACCACCAAACCUUUCCAUGUUUGUUA